AGUUUGCGAGUCGGAGUCAGAAAUUAUUCAAAAUUCAAGAUGGCCAUGUGUCACGAUGGUGUCUUGAAUUGUAAUAGUUAACUUUAUUUGUUUUGUGUGAGAAAAGUGCUUUGCCAUGAUGGCUGACUUAAGUGUUGAUAUAUUAAAGUUGCCGGAGGAAGUAAGGGACAAGUUAGCAGAACUAGACUUGGAGUUAUCCGAAGGUGACAUCACACAAAAGGGCUAUGAGAAGAAACGGACGCGCCUCCUUGCUCCAUACAUUCCACAGCAGCAGCCACAAGUGAGGUCGGCCGCGGCGCUGCGUUCGCCGCCUGGAAGGACCAACAGGCGGCUUACGCGGAACGAGAGCCGCUACCAUUCGGAAGUGAGACAGGAGGCGGUUCAACAAGCUCUGGCUGAGAUGCAGAACAGACCGAAGCCCUCACUGCCGAUGCCUUCGAAGAGGACCUCCAUGAUGGCCAAGAGCCCUGACAGGGAGAGACAUGACCUCUCCUCAUCAUCUGACGAAGACUCAUGCGCCGGCGAUACGGAGCUCCCCCCGCCGCCGGAGCUGGGGUCCCCACCAGCUCGCCGCCCCGCCGCCCCUCACCCCCGCGCACAUCCUCAUCCAUUACCGCAACAGCCCCAUCACCUCCGCGAGAAGAAGCACGCGCCCCGGGAACGCACCGAGAUGCGCGAACGCUCUGAACUGCGAGAACGUACUGAGAUUGAUUUAUCCGACAUUACCCACCUGCCUGCUUACAUCCAGCCUGAUGUGACUCAUGCUUCAUCAGGCGCGCGCCGCGGUGGAGCCCUGGUUGCUGACAGGGUGCAGUGCUACGCGCAACCAGAGGACACCGGGACCGGCACCGGCCGAUGGAAGGUAAGCGUGUCAGCGAAGAUACAGCAACUUCUUAACACACUGAAGCGUCCAAAACGCCGGCCUCUGCCAGAAUUUUACGAAGACGACGAUAUUGAACUCGAGCUGGCUGCCAACCCUAAGGAUCCCAACGCUCCGAAGCCGGAAGGCGGGACCAUGACACCAGCCGUAGGAGAACAACUUGUUGUCCCUUCAGGGCUGCCUCGCAACCUUGAAGCGGCACUACAGAGAUACGGAACAGCCUCGUUUAAAGCCAACGUGGCAACGGUGUUGGACCCCAACGGCAAACUUAGCAAUUCGCUCAAUUAUGGUAAACUGCUCAGUCGAUCGCUCAAAAUAGCUCACGCUUUACUGAACAAGACGUUCACCUCGAAGACUAGCAGUGGUGGACCUCUGACUGGGGACAACUCGAUAAAGCCGGGGGAUCGCGUGGCGCUGGUUUACCCGAACAACGAUCCCAUCAACUUCAUGUGCGCCUUCUAUGGGUGCCUGCAGGCGGGUAUUGUGCCCGUCCCGAUCGAGGUGCCGCUGACGCGCCGCGACGCCGGCUUGCAGCAAGUUGGCUUCCUUCUCGGCUCCUGCGGCAUUCAGUACGCGCUCACUUCCGAUAAUUGCUUAAAAGGAUUGCCAAAGACGUCGUCAGGGGACGUAGUAUCAUUCCGCGGUUGGCCGUCCCUACAAUGGGUGUCGACUGAGAAGCUACCCCGCCCCCCGCGGGACUGGAUCCCCCCGCCGAGACCUGCGGAGGAUAGCCCUGCUCACAUCGAGCAUACAUCAGCGGCUGAUGGAUCCGCUAUGGGCGUUAUAGUCACCAGGGCUUCAAUGCUGGCCCACAGUCGCAUGCUCUCAGUGGCUUGCAACUACACAGAGGGUGAGCACAUGGUGUGCGUUUUGGACUUCAAGCGAGAGACUGGGCUGUGGCACGCGGUACUAGCGAGCGUGCUCAACGGCAUGCACGUUAUAUUCAUACCGUACGCGCUGAUGAAGGUCAGCCCCGCCUCCUGGAUGCACAUGAUCACCAAGUACCGUGCAUCGGUCGCUAUAGUGAAGUCCCGCGACUUGCACUGGGGUCUGUUGGCUACCCGUGACCACAAGGAGAUCUCACUCAGUUCACUGCGUAUGCUGUUAGUCGCUGAUGGAGCUAACCCGUGGUCGCUGUCUUCUUGCGACCAGUUCUUGUCAGUUUUCCAGAGCAAAGGCGUGCGAGGCGAUGCCAUCUGCCCUUGUGCAUGCAGCAGCGAGUCCUUGACUGUUUGCGUUCGUCGCGCGGGCCGCGGCGGUGCCUCCGCCGGUCGAGGCGUACUCUCCAUGUCUGGCCUAUCCUACGGUGUUGUUCGCGUCGACGCCGAGAACUCUCUCACAUCGCUCACCCUGCAAGACUGCGGACAAGUCAUGCCCUCAUGCGUAAUAGUAGUUGUGAAAAUGGAGGGUCCCGCAUAUCUUUGCAAGACAGAUGAAGUGGGCGAAAUUUGCGUAUUGUCCGGGGCAACCGGCUCAGGUUACUGGGGUCUUCCCGGGCUCACUAAUACCGUGUUCCGUGUGCGACCUCUCGAUGCUGAUGGAGAACCGAUUGGAGAAGAACAUUACGUGAGAAGCGGCCUGCUGGGAUUCUUGGGGCCUGGCGGUCUAGUCUUCGUGUGUGGAUCCCGCGAUGGACUAAUGACGGUGACCGGCCGUAAACACAACAUGGAUGACAUUAUCGCCACCGUGCUGGCCGUGGAACCCAUGAAGUUCAUCUACAGAGGCCGUAUAGCAGUGUUCUCGGUCAGGGUGUUGCGUGACGAGAGGAUCUGCAUUGUGGCUGAACAACGACCCGAUUGCGGAGAAGAAGAGUCAUUCCAAUGGAUGUCCCGGGUUCUGCAAGCCGUGGACUCUAUCCAUCAAGUCGGCAUCUACUGCUUGGCUCUCGUUCAACCGAACUAUUUGCCCAAGACUCCUCUCGGUGGCAUUCACUUGAGCGAAUGCAAGCGCCGCUUCUUGGAAGGCACACUGCACCCGGCCAAUGUGCUCAUGUGCCCACAUACUUGCGUCACCAAUCUGCCUAAGCCGAGGGAAAUACAUUCUGAUGUGGGCCCUGCUUCUGUGAUAGUGGGCAACUUGGUGCAAGGCAACCGGCUUGCAUCUGCUCAGGGCCGCGACAUGGGAUAUACCGAUGAUUCCGAUGCUGCUAGAAAGUAUCAGUUCAUAUCUCAAAUAUUGCGUUGGCGUGCAUUGAGCACUUCAGACCAUGUGAUAUUCACGUUGCUCAACUCGAAGGGAGCUGUAUCAAAGAUACUGACAUGCGCGGAACUGCAUAAGAAAGCUGAGCGCAUCGGCAAUCUGUUGCUGGAGAAGGGACGCGUGAACACGGGCGACCACGUGGCACUCAUAUUCCCACCGGGACUUGAUCUCAUUUGCGCCUUCUACGGGUGUCUGUACGUGGGCGCGGUCCCGGUCACCAUCCGCCCGCCUCACCCGCAGAACCUGCACACCACGCUGCCCACCGUCAGGAUGAUCGUCGACGUCAGCAAGGCCACUCUCGUCCUCUCCAACCAAUCUGUGAUAAAACUGCUGCGCUCUAAAGAAGCCAGCAAUGUUCUCGAUAGCAAGGCCUGGCCGCUCACUCUAGACACGGAUGACAUGCCCAAGAAGAAGCUCCCCAUACUGUACCGCGCCCCCACCGCGGAAAUGCUCGCGUACUUGGACUUCAGCGUUUCCACUACGGGAAUGUUAGCUGGUAUCAAAAUGUCCCACGCGGCCGUGACUUCUCUGUGCCGUUCAAUGAAAAUCGCGUGCGAACUGUACCCAUCUCGCCACAUCGCUCUUUGCCUCGACCCAUACUGUGGCCUUGGAUUUGCUCUAUGGUGCCUCAGCAGCAUCUACUCCGGACAUCACUCUAUACUCAUUCCUCCCUCCGAAGUCGAGAUUAAUCCCGCUCUGUGGCUAAGUGCUGUCUCCCAGUACAAAGUACGAGACACAUUCUGCUCGUAUGGCGUCAUGGAACUAUGCACCAAAGGAUUGGGCAGCUCAGUCAAUACGCUCAAAGCCAAAGGUAUCAGCCUGGCGUGCGUCAGGACAUGUGUAGUCGUUGCCGAGGAGCGUCCGCGCAUUAACUUGACCAAUUCGUUCUCGAAACUAUUCUCUGCUCUCGGCCUCAGUCCGCGCGCUGUAUCUACAUCGUUCGGCUGCCGCGUUAACAUAGCCAUUUGCCUUCAAGGCGCAUCUAGUCCUGAACCAUCUACUGUGUACGUUGAUCUACGUGCACUCAGAAAUGACCGUGUUUCUCUCGUCGAACGAGGCAGCCCUCAUUCACUGUGCCUCAUGGAGUCUGGCAAACUAUUGCCUGGAGUUAAAGUAAUCACGGCCAACCCGGAGACUAAAGGCCAAUGCGGUGACUCUCAUCUGGGAGAAAUAUGGGUACAGUCACCGCACAAUGCGAGUGGAUACUUCACAAUAUACGGUGACGAAAGCGACUACGCCGAUCACUUCAGCGCUCAGCUGGUGACGGGUAAUACGGGCGAAGUGUACGCGCGUACUGGCUACUUGGGCUUCUUGCGUCGCACGGAGAUCAGUGCGACUAGCCACGUGUCGGACGACACGUCGAUGGUGACGCGCGACAGUGACACGGAGUCGCUCGCAUCGGCGUGCGGCAGUCUGAACAUAAGCGCCGACACGCACGACACGCACGACGCAGUGUUCGUAGUGGGCGCGCUCGACGAGACCAUCAUGCUGCGCGGCAUGAGAUAUCAUCCCAUUGAUAUCGAGAACUCCGUUAUGAGGUGCCACAAGAAGAUCGCUGAAUGCGCCGUGUUCACAUGGACGAACCUGCUGGUGGUGGUAGUGGAGCUGGACGGCAACGACAGCGAGGCUCUCAACCUCGUGCCUCUCGUCACCAACACCGUGCUCGAGGAACAUCACCUGAUAGUAGGCGUCGUCGUAGUCGUCGACCCCGGCGUCGUGCCCAUCAACUCGCGAGGAGAGAAGCAGCGCAUGCACCUGCGAGACGGAUUCCUGUCCGACCAGAUCGACGCCAUCUACAUAGCGUACAAUAUGUAGGCCGCGAGACGAGGCCGGCCUGCCAGCCGGUCCAAGCUAGCGCGCUCCUCGAGCCAGCGCUAAGCUUAUUCACAUACAAAUCCCGGUUUUUACUUACAACUGCAUCACAUAAGCGCGAGUUUACGUAUGACCGUUACUUUAAUUGAAUACGCUAGUGUUAAUCUGAACGUGAAUCUUACGUGGUGGCACUUUUUUUGACACCGAUGUAAUAUUUUUUGCUGACUUAGUAGAACUAUAGUACCGUAACGGUUUUGUUUUCUAAACGCUGUGUGAUGGUUAUCGUUAACCUGCGCUAACUCGCGUUUCAUGUGAACUUAGCCACGAGUCAGUGAACCCAACUUCGACUUUAGUUUGUCUCCCUUCGUGUUUAUGUAAUAACGGAAGAUCUAAAGACUGCAACCGCGAAUUAUUUGUAAGUUGUUGCGACUUGACAUGACGAUCCGAAGUCGCAGCUAGACUGAUGUAAGUCUGAACUUAGAUUGUUUUGCCUGUGUCCCUUGUCCUCAUCACGUAACUGACUCUAAUUUGACAUAAUACAAUGAUUGCAGCAAACGGUCGUUUUGUUCGUUCGACCGAUGCGACUUGUCGGUCGCGGGCUUAUGCACGUGUUUUGAUUCUACAAAACUUUCGCGUUUAGAGUAGUUAUCGUAAGGCCUGGCCUAAGUUUAUAACUUGACUUUAAAUAUUUCACAAAUUUACGAGUUUACAAAAGUUUUUGGAUAGUUUACAAACUUUUAUUUAGUUGUAGACAUGCAAGUCCCGCAAUCUGCCGGAAAUGUUGGGCGUCACUAGUCUAGAGUACAACAUCGCGUAGCAGCGCCACCCGAACGGUGCAUGAAAACUGCAACUCAUAGUGCAUACAUAAAGCUUCAACAACUAUCCGCGUGAUGACUCUCAACUACAAUUAAUGAAUUAAAAUAUUAUUAAUGAAUUGCAAUAUUAGAUAAUAAUAAUUAUAAUGAAUCCUAAAAUUGACAUUAUUUAUGUAAUUUCGAUAAGUCGUACAUAGACUUUGUUAUCGUUGUGUAUUUCGAUCUAAAGCAGGCCUUUGAAAGGGUAGUUAAGUUAGAUAAAUAGUAUCCUGUUUUGCCAUAUUUUAGUAAGGAAUCUAAAAGAAUUUCGAAUAGAUAACAUACAGACUGUAGCAGUGUGCACACAUCGUAAAACGAAGAAGCAAAGUGGCCCUCGAAGGCCACUUCUUGGUUGAUAUCUCAAUUUCUCAUGUACCAUUAAAAUUUAAUAUUAUUGAAAGUGAUUGUACUCGUCGCACAAACAAAUUGAAUUAAUGUUUCUAUAAUCUUUAUAGCAACACAAACUGCAACAUAACUGUGUGCUACAAACCUGUCAGGCAUUUCUGACAAAACUGUGGCCACUUCAAUAAUGACUGCUUAUCAAAAAUGUAUGAGUUUCGGCAUUGUGAAAGCCGUGGUAAUGGAAGUCUUGUAGAAUCAAAAAGCGGCCCAAGUUCAUCUAGUUGGAUUUUAGACUUGUUAGUAGGAAAUAAUAAACGACAGACGAUACGUUCGUGACUUUUCCGAAACACAAUUAUAUUGUUGUGUUUAUUGUGAAUCAGAUGAUUUCUAAUGCUAGUGUGUAUGUUAAAUUAUGUAUUACGAUAAUAUACUUAGUAUUAGCGAUUAUUGCAAGUAAAAUGUAUUGCAUUUAAAGUGUUAACGUUAGAUUUUCAGUUAUUUUGAUCGUUGACUAUAAUUUGGCGCUAAAUGUUCUCGCUGGCGAUUUUGAUCUGUUGAAGUGGUUUUUUUACAUUUCUAAAACGUUGAAACAAUAUUUGUGUUUUACUUAAAAUCUCCUAGAAGUUAGGACAUUUAAGUUAUUCGUAAUAGUUUUCUGUAUUCAAUUAUACGAUUAAUCAUAGAAAUAGCCGUGAUUUUUGCUAGUAUCAAUGUACGUUUUACUAAGACCUGUGUUGUAGGACGAUACUCACGCGUGUGGAUCUCGCUUUGACUCGAUUCAAUUAAUCAGAUCCGUAAGUAAGUGUGGAUUUCAAUGCCCUCUCGUAUGUACGCUUGAGCAACGUUUUAUAAUACUGAAGUAAAUGUCAAACCAAUACGGAAGUUUUUGAAAUCUUGUUGUCUAUUGGAAUUUUUCAGAUAUUUCAAUCAAUAUGGAUGUCUAGCAAGCUUGUCACAUAGGACAGUAAUUUCGUUGUUCAUUCUUCGUAUAUUCUCAGUGUAAAGCAAAUAUAAUGCUUACUCAACACAUCUGUUUCGUGUCUAUUCAAUGUUAGAUCUCAAUGAAUAAGAAAUAGUAAUAAUUAAUAAUACAUUCUAUGUACGAUAUCAAAGGCGUGUUGUUAAACCUUUCAACAGAUUUCAUGAAAAAUUAUUAUCUAUUAUAUUCCAUUCCAAUAUGCGUUCAGAACGAUUAUUACAUAAAAUAAUAAAAAAGUAUGUUCGUCUUUAUUAGAUUCCAUUAUUUACUAUUAUUAUUUUGUAAUUAUUUAUUGCUAAAUUGUACAUAUAUUUUUGUUAUUUAAUUUUACGUUAAAUGAUUUCCUUAUUUAGCUUAUAAAUGUUAUUUUAUGAGGCAUUGAAGAUUUCAUUCAUAUAAUUAAUUGAUUAGGAAUCAAAAAUUGUUUCGAUCAAUGAAUUCAUGUACGUAUAGAAAAUAGUUCAGAAUAUUCCUUUAGUUACAUUUAUGAAGUUAUAAUUUACGAUUUAAAAAAAUGUAGUCAUUAAAUAAAUAAGUAUACAAGUAGAUUAAACUCAGUUUUAUGAACAAACGUUUGUUAAUUAUAAUCCUUGAUUGUGUAAGCAUGUUUGUGAGUCUGGUAGUAGUCUCGUAAGCACUGACGCCCGCGGGCGGCACACUAACCGCACACGCAUUGUCCCCAUUGUAUACUUACCAUUUAACAUUUUUGUAAAACUUUUAUUGCGCACAAAAAUUCGAAACUGAUUUUUGGUAACUUUAUAACCCGUUUUUUUCUACUAUUCCUUCGAAUUUUUGUACCACAGUCGCCAAAGACAUUAUUUGGAACUUUAUGACAGCUUUUACAAUUUGUGAUUGUUUUUUUUUUCUGGAAAUGAAUAAAUAAACGUGCAUUCUG